GGUCGUGCUGUCCCAGCUAGCUCUUCGGAAUUUUGGUAGCCCUGGAAUUAUGUUUCUCGUCAUGGCAUACUGUAACGUUUUCUAGGGCUGUCGAUUUCGGUACGUCUAGCGCAACAGCACAAGGUGUCCAAUGGGACAGAGUGUCGAACAGACUCGUAGAAAGGGUGAUGUUCUUAGCAAACUGAAGUCAUCUAUAAACCGAGCCCGGCGAAGGAAGGAACGAAGUCUUAUUAGUCGUCGGUGAAGCUGAGGCUUAAUGGAAUCCCACCGACUCGGAGCGUUGCCGAUCCGGCUAAUUUACCCCUAUCCAUUAACAGACGGUGUCUCUCAUAUUCUCAUGGCGGACAUCCAGAUUUACCUCAGGCCUCGACCUAUCUCACCUGUGUAUGGCCACUCGAACUAUCUUCCAUUCAAACGGAAACGCUAUUGCGACUACGGUCCAUUCUUUGCUGACUAUGGAACAGUACCCUGCGACGCCACCGAGGUACACACUAUACGGUCCCCUGCUCUAUCCACCGCACUUUCCACGCUCUACACCGUUUUCAUACCUAGUCUCGAUGUCGAGGUUCCAGAUCCCAAUAAACCCGGUCCCUCCGCAUGGCCUGCCCUUCUUAAGCUUGCAAUAACCAAGGUCGACUUGUCGAUUGAUUCACGGAUGGAAUGUGAAAAUCACAUCGUUCGGCUCUCACAAGGUGAUCGUGCGCCAACUCCCCCACCUCGAAAUAUGCGUGCACCAUCGUUUUCACCCGAGUGGUAUAAAAUAGUAUUCUCUACUAUGGAUCGAGGUGACGUCGAGUUGCGCGACGAGUCUCGAGAUACUGAGCUGGAGUUAUUCGUCUGGGUGUAUAUGCAAAAAACCAUAGAUCAACGGACUCAUAUAUGGAGACAUUUCCGCCGAGAGAUGUAUAAACUGACAGACCCGAUUGCCCCUGCUCAUUUACCAUCAGGUCAUGGUCAGUAACAUGACAUGGCCGUCGCAUUUUCUAUUGACAUUUAUUCAUCCAGCCGACAGCCCUGGCCUGUUUGAUUUCCUUCACAAGAAGGCGCUAACGGCUGCGUCUGCUUUUGCGUCCACAUUCCUCGCCGACACGCCAGUCAGCGAUAAUGAUCCUCCACUCCUUUCCCCAUCCCACAGUAAUGGGUCAGUAGCCACAGACUCGACGUCUUCUUCCCAUGCUGGCGAUAUCGAUGAUGAUGCAGACCUGUCUGCUCUAGAUCAUCCGUUCGAACCGUUCCGGCGCCGGAAACGUAUCACCACUUCUGAAGUUGUAGAUAUGUAGCUCGGGUGUUCCUUCAGCAGACUAUCCCAUGUACUCCGUCGCAUCAUA